AUGUUAGUUAUAUUUGUUGAGUUGUCAGAGAGGACGUGCUACCUUGGCCCAGGAUUAAACACUUGUUAAACUUCUCAUGAACAAACAAAUAGUUUUUCAACGACAUCAAGGUUUAUUUCUCGGCAAAUGGUAGUCUUACGGUUGUUGAAUGUGAUUAAUUGUUGUGAUAAUUGUGGAAUCUGAACGAUUGGUGGUGAAGAGGGACAACAAUUGAGGUGAAAUGGCAGCUGAGAUAAAACCAGCGACCGGUGCUAAUAAUGACAAAUUCAGUACGAGCCGGAAGCCAAUACUUAUGUCCAAGUUAGAGGGAUGCAAUGACGAUGUCAAUGCUGCUGUUAUUAUACCCAAAGAGGACGGAGUCAUCAGUGUCUGUGAUGAUAGGGUCCCACUUGUUCGGUUUCAGGACUGUUAGAGUAUGGCUGAAACGUGACUCUGGCCAGUACUGGCCCAGUGUGUGCCAGUACAUGGCUGCUGGAGCCACUGCGAUGCAUUACCAUGUGGAGAGCAGAAGACUUUUUGUGGGGCUGGAGAAUGGAUCUAUUGACGAGUUUCUCCUCGAGCAGGAUUACAAUCGAAUGACAGCAAUGAGGGAGUAUUUGGCCCAUCAGAGUAGAGUAACGGGUGUAGUAUUCUCGGCAGUUAAUAGCUGGGUACUCAGCGUCGGGAGAGAUAAAUCAUUGCAGUUGCAUUGUGCAGACACUGGAAUGCGACUGGGAUUUUUUGGAAAAGCCAAGUCUAGUUAUCUAGGCGACAGUUGGUUCACAGCUUUGCAAUUUGACGAACAAUCUAAACACGCCUUUGUCGGUGACUACGGUGGUGAAAUCACAAUGCUGAAGGUGGAACCAAAAUCCAUAAGCCUUGUAGCCUGUCUCAAUGCUCACAGUGGCAGCAUCAGGACCCUGGCAUGGGACUCUGAGAAGCAGUUACUCUUCUCUGGCAGUUUCGAUCAGAAUAUCAUCGUAUGGGAUAUUGGAGGACGUCAGGGAGUUGCUUAUGAAUUGCAUGGGCAUCGUAACAAAGUCACAGCGUUGUGUUUUGCCAGUAACGAAAGAUUGUUACUCUCUGGGGGUGAGGAUGGAGUCAUUGUGGGCUGGAGCAUGGCUGGGGCCAGGAAAGAGACUGCUGCUUGGGAAGAGUCCGAUAUUUGCCAAGGCUGUUCACGACCAUUCUUCUGGAAUAUGAAGGCUAUGAUGGACCAACGACAAUUGGGAUUGAGACAGCAUCACUGCAGGAAUUGUGGAAGGGCCCUGUGUGAUCGCUGCACAUCCCAGAGGAUUCCUAUUCCUGCCAUGGGUUUUGAAUUUGAAGUUAGAGUCUGUGAUCCCUGCCACAUUCAACUCAAGUCUGCCAAUCAACCAUCAAUGGCAUCAUUUCACGAUGCAAAACACAGCAUCACAGCGAUGGACCUCGAUGUCUCCCGAAGGAAAUUAUUAACAGUCGGUCAGGACCGAGUUAUUAAAAUUUGGGACAUUACAGCCCUUCUCCAGCAAUAAACCGUCAGUCUCUCUUGAGUGAUCUAACUCAUAAAACAUUUAUGGAAGGGUUCAAAACCCUGUAAGAUUGCAUACGAUGGCUUCAUAAGUGUGUUGAAAUUGCUACUCAUCGAAUCAAAACAAAACGAUUAAAAUUAAUUAACUAGCACGCCUGAUUCAAUUCUAGGAGAUGAAUUACUAUAUUUUUGGGAAUAAUAAGUCUACAACUAUUUCUUCAUCAAUGUUGGAUAAAAAAUUAUUUCAAUUACUGUAAAUAAUUCUUGAGAAACACUGCUGUGGGAUUUGUACUUCAAUAUGAAACUGAAAUAUCCAUCGA